UGUUUCCGUUUGUGUCAGCAGGUCACAGAUCUGGAGGACAGCAGCGACAGUGUMGCAUCCUUGUCAGAGGACAAACAGGAAGUGUCCAAACCGACGUCUGGACCCCUGAGGAGGAGCCUGGACUCGCCCAGCACCAGUGUGUGGGGAACUUCCACAGGAAAGGGACACAGCAUAGGUCUGACCGAAGCUGGAACAGGAAGUACCCUGAAGAGCAGCCUGGUCUCCUUCAGCGACUCGGAUGACUCGAGCAAUAAACACAGAUAGAUGUAGCACAGACUGGAAGUCCUCAGCCAGAACCUCGGACCUCAACACCUAACAGCCAUUUUAUCUUAAACCACAAGAAGGAAAGCAAUACUUCACACCAGAUCCAGGAGAAAAAUACUAACAAAUAAAAACUAUUUAAAAGUUAAACAAUUUUCUUUAUGCUUUGUGCCAAGUCUCCACCUGCCUUAGACUGUUUCUGUGGAACAGAUUCUUGGGUAUUUUUAAGUCUUAGAUGCUGUUUUUUGUACUUUGUGUAAAGUUCUGUACAUCAAAUCUUUAUUUUGUCAAAUGAAAUGUGACUGAAAAUAAAUCUUUGUGGGUCAUGUCUGUGUUCAAA